GGGCGCGCACUGACCCGGCCACCCUCGGCCCCCAGAGCUGCUCUGCCUGCCGGACCGGAUGCAGGCCAACGUGAGCCGGAGCUACCUGCAGUCCCUGGGCUACUCGGCCAGCGACCUGGUCAUCCCCCACUGGCAGGACGUGCAGCAGUGUCAGGCCCAGGUCACGGCGAGCCAGGUGACCUUCACCAUCCCCUACGCGGGCUGCGGCACCACCCAGCAGCUGGAUAACGACACCAUCACCUACUCCAACACCCUCCAAGCAGCCAUCCCCGUCGGGAACGGCCUCAUCCAGAGGCGGCCGAGCCUGCACCUCCACGUGAGCUGCCGGAUGCUGCGGGACACCUGGGUGGACCUCAUGUACGUGGCCAACGACAACGCCGAGGUCCAGGAAGUGCAGUACGGCAACUUCGCCGUCAACAUGUCCUUCUACACGUCGUCCUCGUUCGCCUACCCCGUGACCAUGCACCCCUACUACGUGCGCUUGAACCAGGACCUGUACGUUCAGGCCGAGAUCCGCCGCGCCGCCGCCUCCAUGGCCCUGUUCGUGGACACCUGCGUGGCGUCGCCGUCCUCCCAGGACCUGCCCUCUGUGGCCUACGACCUCAUCCGGAGCGGGUAA